AUGAAUACUGUGUUUUUCAUUUUUCAUCUAGUCAUCCUAGCAGGCGCUGCCUGGGCCUCCUCUGAUGAAACACAUCUAGUUAAAACUCUCUUCACCGGUUACAAUAAGGUCGUGCGUCCUGUCAAUCACUUCAAGGACCCCGUGGUUGUCACCGUGGGCCUUCAGCUCAUCCAGCUGAUCAGUGUGGAUGAGGUCAACCAGAUCGUCAGCAGCAACGUGAGACUGAAACAGCAAUGGAAAGAUGUGAACUUGCACUGGAACCCAGAGGAUUACGGUGGCAUCACAAAGAUCAGAGUUCCCUCCACUGACAUUUGGCGGCCUGAUCUGGUUCUCUACAACAAUGCUGACGGUGACUUUGCCAUCGUUCAUGAGACCAAAGUGCUGCUAGAGUACACAGGAAUGAUCACGUGGAACCCACCUGCCAUCUUCAAGAGCUACUGUGAAAUUAUUGUGCUGCAUUUCCCCUUUGACCUUCAGAACUGCAGUAUGAAGCUGGGCACCUGGACCUAUGAUGGAAACUUGGUCGUCGUCAAUCCUGACAAUGACCGCCCUGAUCUGAGUCACUUUAUGGAAAGUGGAGAGUGGGUGAUGAAGGAUUUCCGCAGUUGGAAGCAUUGGGUGUACUAUGCCUGCUGCCCAGAAACCCCUUACCUGGACAUCACCUACCACUUCCUCAUGCUGCGGCUCCCGCUGUACUUCAUCGUCAACGUCAUCAUCCCCUGCAUGCUCUUCUCCUUCCUGACUGGCCUUGUCUUCUAUCUUCCUACAGACUCUGGUGAGAAGAUGACUCUCAGCAUCUCUGUCUUGCUUUCUCUGACUGUGUUCCUGCUGGUCAUUGUGGAGCUGAUCCCCUCUACCUCCAGCGCUGUGCCACUCAUUGGGAAGUACAUGCUCUUCACCAUGGUCUUCGUCAUUGCCUCUAUCAUCAUCACUGUCAUUGUCAUCAACACCCACCACCGCUCCCCAAGCACUCACACAAUGCCAGACUGGGUUCGCACGGUUUUUAUUGAAACCAUUCCCAACAUCAUGUUCUUUUCGACAAUGAAGCGUCCCGGGAAAGAAAAACCAAUUAAAAACAACUAUGGUGGUGAUUUUGAUAUCUCAGACAUCUCUGGCAACCAGACUUCUAGUGUUCCCUACCAGUCGCCCAUCACCAAGAAUCCUGAUGUCCGCAGUGCCAUUGAAGGAGUCAAGUACAUUGCAGAAACCAUGAAAUCAGAUGAGGAAUCCAACAAUGCUGCUGAAGAGUGGAAGUUUGUGGCCAUGGUGUUGGAUCAUAUUCUGCUGUGCGUCUUCAUGGCUGUGUGUCUCAUCGGCACAUUAGGUGUGUUCGCAGGACGUCUCAUUGAGCUGAGCAUGCUCUAA